GACGGAAUAUUCUCCCACUAGAGUUUGCCCAUCGCAAUGAGCCCACAUACAAUCACAAUGGGCCUUACGGAAAGUAAAUUGGUGAUAGACGUCCUUUCCGAAGCGUACAAUGAAGCCAAGCGAUCUGGAAAUUCCAACGUCGAGGUAAAGCUCUCCAACGCGAAGUUCAUCAAAUCAGUCCAACAAUUAUGGGCUUAUAUUGCUACAGAAUCUACCGAUGGGACUCAGGGUGUGGAAGAUCAACUACCGGAAAAUGAUCGCGCAGGAGAAAGUUCAAAGACCGCAAGACUUACGCAGUCAAAGUAUGUUGUUCUCCCAGGAAUUAUGAAGAAAGUGUCUCGCUGGAAGGAGAUCCCUCUUUCUUUCUUUGAUGAAGAAGAGUCUCACCUUAGCUUGGCGGAGUACCCUCUUGCUAAAACCUACGAGUAUUUGAGAAAGCUUGUAAAGCGUUCUGCCCUGGAUAAAAUUCGGAAGAGGCUCUUGAGGAUACUUUUCAAUCGUCUGAGGGAAAGAUUAGGCGUGAACCGACUACUCCCCAGGCAUGUUGAGAACAUUGUGCAAAUAAUAUCCCGAUCCGGCGUUGUCAAAGAUUGUGACAGAAGAACUAUCAAGAAAUGGGUAGACGAAGGAAGUAGGAUUGACGCAUUAUGCCGAGACAUUGGAAGUAUCACUGGGACUGGGUACGCUCACCUCAGGAAUCUAUUUUACUUGAAUGAUAUCUCUGAUACGAGAAUGAUAAGAAUGCAUACAGAUGGCAAAGACCGCACCAAGGAGAUUCAGCAAAUCAAGUUAAACUUGGUUUACAAUAAUAAUGAAGCACUGCAGCUUGAAGAACUGGCAAAUUUGUUGAUGGAAGAAAUAUGGAAGCCGAUGGAAGAUUUGAUCCCUCAACUUCGCUCAGAAGUGCAGCAGACGCAGCAAAUCCCAAUCCUCCAAGUCCGAGGUGCCUAUUCUCUGGCUCAAGACACUCAAAUCCCAACCUCUUUCAGGGAUAUACAAGAAUACAGUCUCGAAGAUUCUGAUGCGUCAGUCUCUUCAACGCAAGGUGCACACCAAAUUACUUGCCAUGGUACUUCCAACUAUGGGGACUUUCACUCCGGAACUCGUCAAAGCGGGUGCGGAGAUAGACUUAUUCUAGACCAAGAUGGGAAUAAUAUUAUCACGGGUACUUCUGGUUUCAUUGCGGGGUUCUUUGAUUCAUUAGACGUCGCAGAUGUCGCAGAUACGGAUUGUGAGGGAAGUUUGGUCCCGAGCAUUGCUGAUGCUGGACUAAUACCGCCACUGUCCUACCCCGGGGCCACAUCAAGUGAGCUUGAUACAUAUUGGUGUACUAAUAUGGCGAUGGAUGAUAUUUGA